CCGAGUCGACUUGGCUCGAUUCAGUCGCGGCCGACCCGCCACGCUGGGAGCUUUGUCUAUUACGUGUAUGUUCGUGCUUCCGUUCGACGCGUCUUUGACUCAGUUACGUCUCCUUCGUGUUCAACCCCCUUUUAAAAACGAUUCUCGGAAUUUCCCAAUUUAAAACUACCCUCUGCACAAACCUAAACAAAAGAAUUGUCCAAAAAGCGUAGAAAAGAAUAAUCGGUGUGUUAAUUUAUUUUACUCUCCCGAGUUUUCAUCCUCUGAGAAGAUCGUGAAAUAAAGUUUCAAAUAUAGUUGACAUUCACUGCUGUCCACAAGUCUCGUGCAUCUUUAACCCGUGCAUCUUUAACCCGUGCAGAAAAAGGAAAACAGGUGUCUCGCUCGGGGAAUAAAAAGGGUGAACAUCUGUUGGGUGCGGUAUAAUAAGGGUUUACGAAGCUCUCUUCGAGGGGUGUUUGAACGAAUGAGUGUAGUGAAAUGAGACGUUCAGGGUCCACGGUGUUUGCGGUGUUCGACCGACAUCGCAACAAGCAGGGAUUCGUGAACGGUGGUAUUUUGUGAACCAGCGACGCGUGUGAAGUAGUGUAGAAACAAAGUGAAUUCUCCUUCAUACCGGUGUUUUCUGCUCUUCUAAGGGAAUCAGAAAGUACUACGUAGGUACUCAGAUGAUAAAUCGGAUAGUGUGUGGAUAAUAACCAUUCUACAGCUUUAGAUUCACUCUGGGAUUUCAUUAUAAACUCACAGCGUUGAAUGUAACCACUAACAGAAGCCUCGUGGAAUGUGAAACAGAGGUACUAAGCUCCCAGGCCACCGUACACGAUUCUGAUUAACUCUCGAAGCCAAACUAUUCAGGAAAAAACCUUGGAAGAAGCAAACGGUGCACCCGCGUAUCAGCGAUUAACGCUGGCAAACGUCCCAGGGUACAAGGAACUUGGCAAGAGGCAUCGCCCUUUCCCCGUCGGGAAGAUGAAGGCUAGCCUGGUACGUCGGCUGGUUGGCACGUCCGUGACCUAAGGCCACCCGCCGAGAAGAAGAGGAACAAGGUCAAGGGAAAACGUACGGUUUCGUGCGGUGGUCGAAUAUGACGACGAUCGUGACGAGCUCCGAGUCGACGGAGGUGGUGUCCUCGAUGGACGUGACGACCAUCUUGAACGCCAUCUCGACUGAGGACAACCAAUUCGCGAACAGCAGUUACUCGAACUAUCAAAAGUGGUCCGUACCUAUAACGAUCGCCAAAGGGUGCGUCUUAGGCUCCAUCAUCGUAACCGCGGUAUUUGGCAACCUGCUGGUGAUGGUGUCCGUGAUGCGGCACCGGAAGCUACGAAUUAUCACCAACUACUUCGUAGUUUCGUUAGCCUUGGCCGACAUGUUAGUUGCGAUGUUCGCCAUGACGUUCAACGCGAGCGUUCAAAUAACCGGCAAAUGGAUGUUCAGCUAUUUCAUGUGUGAUGUCUGGAACUCGUUGGAUGUGUACUUUAGCACCAGUUCCAUCCUCCAUUUGAUGUGCAUCUCGGUCGAUCGUUACUGGGCGAUCGUGAAGCCGCUCAAAUACCCUAUCAUCAUGACCAAGAGGCUAGCUGCUUACAUGCUACUCGCUUGUUGGAUUAUGCCCGCGUUCAUCUCGUUCAUGCCUAUCUUUAUGGGCUGGUAUACCACAGAAGAGAAUAAUAUGCAUCGACAGAAGCAUCCUGAAUUAUGCGAGUUCAAAGUGAACAAGGUGUACGUAAUAUUCUCGUCGAGUAUCUCGUUCUGGAUACCAUGCAGUAUUAUGACCCUUACGUACUUCGCCGUGUUCAAGGAGGCGAGUAGGCAAGAAAAACAGAUGCACAGCCGUAUGGGUAACGUGAUGCUGUUGAGUCACAGGCCGAGUAAAGAUUUGAAUAAUUUGAACGGGGAACUAAAUAGUGCUGGUUCCUCAAAGACGCUGACAUUGAACGAGAUCAGCACCGAUCAUCUGCAUACUCCCACCAAAGAUAAGAAUAUCAUGAAGAUGAAAAGAGAGCACAAGGCUGCCAGAACGUUAGGCAUCAUCAUGGGUACCUUCAUAAUUUGCUGGUUGCCGUUCUUCUUGUGGUACGUUAUUACGACUCUGUGCGGAGAAUCCUGCCCAUGUCCCGAUAUCGUUAUCGCAAUACUUUUCUGGAUCGGGUACACAAACUCAGCAUUGAACCCGCUGAUCUACGCGUAUUUCAAUCGGGACUUCCGAGAAGCCUUCAAAAAUACGCUGCAGUGCGCGUUCUGUUCGCUCUGCAGACGAGAGCCGUCCGACCUCGAGGCGCUCGAUUUCCGUCGGCCGUCCCUAAGGUACGAUCUGGUCUGACACGUUGAGGUACGACGACCGCACUAAGAGCAUGUACUCGGAGACGUACAUAAAGCACAUCGACCGACGAAGAUCGAGCGAGUACGGUAGCAGCCUCUGAGAGGAGAGCGAGUUUAUACUGUGAAUUGCAAAUGGAAAACAAAAAGAAGAAAACAAAAAGACACGCAUAGAUACGUACACACUCACCUAAUUACACAUCCGCAUCGUCGCCUACACAUGCAACAAAUAAAACGACGCGUAUAAUCGUCGACUAUAUAUGUAACGUGUAGCCCGCAUCGAGAGAUUCUUCGCCAUCUUGCCAAAAACUCACGGAAGACGAAUCUCAUCAAGUAACUCGCGCUUUUAAACAUAUUUGGCUAGCUCGCGUGCUUACGGUUUCAACACAGUACUCGUAUAUUAAAUCAUGUGCAUUUUGGAUUGCUUGGUAAUGGAUAAAAGACUUUUCAAAGGUUUGCUUUAAGCCCGGUGCACGCAUGUUUAUUUAGUCAGUUGAAGAAACAUUUAAAAAUAUAUUCAAAAAAGAGACAUUUGUAUGUAAUAAAUCUGGCAAGGAUUAUGGGAAUGGAUGAUCAAAAACGUAAAUCAAACACGAUCAAUCAGCAGUUAGUAAUGGUGCGUACAUACCGCCAGCCAUAAGUAUUAAGACAUCAACUGAUACGUAGUACAAAUUGUAUAUUUCUCAUUGUUUUUCAUUUUCUAAAUAUUUUGUUAUAGAUCUAUUAUUUUAUUUAUAUUGUGUGUGUCCUCUAAUAUAAAGUAGAAUAAUAUUUGAUAGAGCUUUUCAAUAGAUAUAGUGACAUAGGUGUCCUGGUGUUGAAGUAUAUAGUAAUUAAUAUUUUUAUAACUGAUACUUGUGGCUGGCAGUAUAUAUUAUUAUUUUUAAACCUUAAAGUUUCCUACGAAACUAUUUAUUGAAACGUUAACAUAUUUAUAUUUUGGUCACAUCUUAGGUUCCAUUAUUUUCUAAUUUACUUUAAAAUUUGUCAUAUAUGAGACUAUGCCGAAGCCAUGCAGAAAAUAGUAGCCAGUUCCUUCGAAAGAGUCACAAUAACAAUAAAAUACCGUUUGAAACAUCGAAACCUUAAAACUUCCUAAAAAAGCAGUGAUAGAGGAAGAAACUAAAUUUAAAUAUUUAUCACGCCAGAAAGGAGACAUUACUAUACAAGACGGCUGAAGAAACCGGUAGCACGCGUGGCCAGAGAAUACAGAGACACGAAGAUCAUAUACUAUCGCGAAACGAUCACAGAGAUGCACACAGAGGGCAGAUAGACGCGCAUGAAACGCGUAGGUCACAUCGCAUUGCCAAUACUAUCGAUAUUAUUAUACUUCUAAGCGACAUUCUCGUGAAAAGAAAGGCACGCGCUUCACGCUGGUAUCGAUCGAUCGAUGGGUCAGGGAACGAUCUUGGAGAAACUUACAAGAAACCAUGUUUUGAAAAACAUGCGAGAAAGAAAGAACGAAGAUUUUCUUCAAAAAGAUGUCUUGUCGAUUCGUUAACCUCGUCAAGACACCUUCGCCUAAUUUUUUUUUCAAUUCUUGAAAAUAUUCUGUGUCGUAUUGGGUGGCCAAGUGUGCUGUUCGAUUCGUAGAUAACUCGAGUUCCACAUGAAAUCGUUUAUCGAUAAGAUUGAAGAAGUUAUAAGAGAGAUAAACUAUAAAGAAUAAUGAAUUAUCGAAACUUCGAAGCAAGUAAAUGUUUAUUAAUGUAAUGGAUUUGAUUGGCAGCUCGAGAGUUAAUAUGUAAUAUAUUUAGAUAACCAAUGAAGUCGACUACGCGAUUUCCUAACCAUUUAAUCGAAGGCAAAGUGAAUAGAAUCGUUUUUAAUAGUGAGAGCUCGCUGUGCCUGAUAUUUGGUGGUUGAUAGUGAGAUUCAAGGUUCGAUGUUAAGUAAUAGUCGACUUUAGUGUCGUUUCUGACCUGUAUUCAAAGAAAAGACAAAAGAAAUGAACACUGUAAUCUUUGUUAUUUUUAAUGCAAUUAGUAUUAUUGCUCACCGAUAAUGUUAUUACAUGACACGUUGCAUGACAUGAUCCCGACGUUUCAACGGUAUUGCGUAUUUUCUUUUUCUUAAAAGAAAAUUAUGAUGUGAUAUAUAAUUCCAAAGUGAUCGUCGUUAUUGUUAUCGUUGUUGUUUGAUUAGUGCUAUUAAUCGUCGAGAAGCUAUUUAUUUUGUUGUUUACGCUUUGGAAAAACGCCGCGUUUUAAUAUCAUUGGUAGUAGAUGAUCGAGAUAAUGUUGAUAACCGAUAAUAUCGGAAAAAUUGUUUUUUAAUUCUUUUCUGUAUUUUAUUGUACGUUUUAUCAUUCAUUGUUGUUAUAUGAUUUUAUGUAGAGAAUUUAUAACAUGUUGCGAAGAUUUUUAUAGAUUUUGUGAUAUUUUUAUUUUUUCUUCAUUUUAUAGUUGAAAUAUGUCUUCCUUCGAGGAAAGUAUAAUGGCUGCUUUUAAAAUUAAAACGCAAUACAGAAAUAAUUAUAGCUCGUUGAACUUUCCUUCCGAUUAUUUAUCUAAUCUUAUUCGAAAAAAAUAUUAACUUGUUUAAUUAUGUAUAUAUUGGACUUAACAAUCAAAUUUUUGCAAUAGCAUCUUUAUAAUCGGACCAUGAAUGCAAUUCAUUUUAAUAUUAGUUUAAAUAACGAAUAUUUAUGUACAAAAAAUAUAUAUUUUUUAUCGUCGCAAAUUUUAUUUAAAUAUUAAGUGUUAUGUAGAUAAUUAAGUAAUUAGAUGAUAUGAUUAUAGUCUGUUUUUCUGUCAGGAGUAUUUAUUUAUUUUUCUUGUACGGUUAAUAAUAUUUGUUUAGCUCCUAGUCAUCUAAAAAAUAGCAACAGCACAAUUUUACAAUUAUAUUAAACUAUCCAAAUAUUCAUACAUUCAAAAAUAAUAAAAUUUCCAUUCGGCGAAUGUAACGAUUUAUGUUUCAAGACGUUUAGGGUAAAACAUGAAUAAGAUUUAAAAGAUUAGUAAUAAUAAUAAACAUAUGACCAUCUAUUGGUAAAUCAAAGCAGCGAAAUCCUAUAAACGUUUAAUAAAGCUCUAAAUAUUUAAUAAAAGGCAAACAAAUUACGCUUUAUCCAAAAUAAAUUCACCAAUAAUGUAAUACCAUUUCAAUUCGUACAUUUUGAUAUUAUAAAAUAUUAAUAUUUAACUCUCUGUGAUCAAUAUUUCCUGUUAAUUUUAAAAGGAUAAGAGUUUAUAAAUAUCUAAAUAGAUCAAAUCGUUAUGUCAUAAACAUUCGAAUCUUAAUAAAAUUUUCGUUUCUCGAAAUUUUCGAGAAGAAUGGCCCAACUUUUACGCAGGACGUAAAAUGAGUCACAAAUCAAUUAAAAAGCCAUUCCCUAUUGUGGACUGAAUAAUUCACACUGCAAAUUAGCAAAGGCACCUUGAAAACCCCGCGCGAAAUUCUAUUCGAAUUAAUUACGUGCAUCUACGCCAUUUCCAUGUUCCGAAAAAUAGUUUGAAUAAGGAAUCGUGAACGAUUAAAUCGAUAGUAAAGUGUGCCAUUUAAUCGAUAGAAGGAGGUCGAUUUGAAAUGAUCGAAAGCUCGUACUAACAUAAUCAAAGGAGCUUUUAAUAAUAAAGAUAAAGUCGAGAGAUAUUGUACAAUGCAAUAACCUUUUUUAUUAGAGUAUGGUUAGGUAAGAUUUCAUUAUAUUUUAAUUCGUCGAUGUGCGUGUCCUUUAGUUGUUAAUUAAUAUUAACUCAUUGUCAGUGGAAUAUUUCGUUUAAUUUAUGCUUCGUUAAUAGUCACGUCGAUUGAUCAGCAAUAAAUCAAAGUCUGAUAAUCUUAUCUUAUAUUGUACGAAUUUUUUGUCUUUUGUCUCUUCUAAUGUUUCUUCCCUUCUCUUUUUUUUUUUUUUAAUUUUGAUUCAUCGUUUCUCUGUGAUAAAAUUCGCGUGUUAACGUCCGCUGUAAAUAAUUUGUAAAUAUAUGUACGUCGUUUCAGUAACGCGAUAAUCGAUAGCCAGAAAAAAGUUUUUCUCUCAUAUAAACGACUAGUGUUUAGUUUGUAAAAAUGAUGGGCUACGUGUCAACAAUCGCAUAUGUAAAAUAAAUCAGCGAUGAACAAUGUGUCGGAAGAAAAUUCUGUAUCUAAUAUUAAUUCGCGAAUUUAGUACGUUAUCUAAUGUUCGUUACUUUAUGAUGUUGAGAUGCGUUUUCGUUUAUUUUUUGUUAUGGAGUUAAUGCUCCAGAUACGAUUAUUUCUCAAUUGUAAGAUCGCGAGAUAAUUUAAUUUUAUUUCAUGUAUGAAUUUAUAAUAAAUUGUCGUUUUUUUACAAUGUUUCGAUGUAUUUAGAAAACUUUAUUACUUUGCUUCUUGUUAGUUUUGUUAAUCUUAAAAACAAUUAAAGUUAAUAAAAAGAAGUAGGAAAAUUUGCGUUAUGAACGAAGUUUCAAUUUGUUUUAUUAAGUACUUUUAAUUUGAUAAUCUAUGCUAAUCAUGCUCAUGUUGCAUUUUUUGUAAAUUUUGAUCACCAUUUGUUUUUGAAAUAUCUGAAAGGUUUAAUAUUAUAAGAGAAAUUCGCUGCAUACCUAUGCAUACAUAUCUCACAUGUACGUGAAAUCAUUUUUAGUGAAGAAAAGAAGAAAUGUGUUCUGAAAAAAUACGUUCUGGAAUCUUUUUAUAGUUUCAUAUUAAUUUUUUGUAUUAGCCUGCCAGAAAUAAAACUUGAUUAUAUUUCAA